GAAAAUCCUACUCGUGGGGUAGAAUAGCAUUGAAUUAACCAAUUAGGAUAAAGAAAUCUUGGCUCGUUUUGUUACGUUCCGAAAUGUAUUCCUUGGAGUAGAGUCAGUAGACGUGAAAAUGGCUUGUCAUAUGCUACAUAUUUGUAGAAUUGUGAAUAAUUCGAUAAAAAAUACUCAAUCUGUAAGCAAUGGUAUAUGUAAUUUAUUGUCUGUUAAUCACUCACAUUUGUUAAAAACACACGUUCCUUUACUAAGUAAUGCGAGAGAUUCUACGUUUUUUGUGAAUAAAUCUGGAGAUGAAUUGUGGAAGGGUGUGACAUCUGUCAGUAAUGCGGGAAAACGCAGAGGUAGAGCAAGAGGAUUACCAAGAAAAAGAGAUCUAAACAAAGGACAGAUUAUUGGUGUAGGAAAAAUUCCAAUACAAUUUCCUGGCCUAAAUACUUCUGUAUUUAGAGGAAGAGAAUUAGUUCAACAGCAAAAGUUACCUAUAGAUCCUGAAAGAGAGGAGAAACUUGCAAAAUUACGACAGAGUCAGACUGGAUCAAAGCGAGUAAAAUUAUCCCCAUUGGAACGUGGAUGGACGAGCGCUGGAAUGGGUGGCAGAAAAAUUGGACCACCCGAUCCUAUCGGAGAAGAUAAUUUUGAAGGUUUUCAAACCUGGAUCUCUUUUUAA